CGCAAUCAAUGAUCUACGCUAAGAUCUUGGCUUGGCUGCACUAGUGCCUCAGAAGCUGUUAAAUUUACAAGCCCGCAUACCCCGACGCGUUAUAAAUAUGCAUGUGCUCAAGUCUCUGACUGUGCCAUUCCCUUCACUGCUUUUCUUGAUGCCUUGCCCCCCGGGCAGAACAUUGGAUUCAUUCAAUUGACAUUGUUGAUUGACUAUUCAAACGAUAGUCACUUUAUCACUUGGCAGAUUUUACUGGUCGCUUCGCUUCUUCUUGUUCUUUCUUCCUCCUUGCUUGUCUCACACUUCCAAGAUGUCGGGCGAUUAUGUCCUUGCACGGGACGCUUUCGAAAUCAGUCGCCUAAACCUUCAACAUUUCUAUCUGCGGGAAAUGUAUGGUUAUCUUCUCCACCCUUCGAUCCCCACAGACGACCCCAAUCUCAGGAUUGCAGAUGUUGCAUCCGGCAGCUGUAUCUGGCUCUCAAACAUUUCGCACCAGCUUCCCCCGACCGUGACCCUGGACGGACUGGAUAUAGCAUUUGACCUCGCUCCCCCGAUGGCAUUCCAUCCUCCAAAUAUGACCCUGCGGGAAUGGGAUAUUUUCAGCGAGGUCCCGGAAGAGCUGGUUGGGAUCUAUGACAUUGUGCAUAUUUCGCUACUCGCGUUUAUUCUCAGAAGUAAUGACAUAGAUCAUGCAAUGGGUAAAUUUAUGAAGCUCCUCAAGCCGGGCGGUUACCUCCAGUGGUUAGAACAUGAUCUCCUAUCCUGCCAGUUCAGGAAGUCCGACCCGGAUAACAAGACAGAGGCGCUCGAGGAGCUUUACCGGCUGAGCAUCAUUCACCCGAUAGAUGCGCGCUUCAAGCCGACCUGGGUGUCGAGACUGCCCGAAAUCUUCCGUAAAAGUGGCUUCACCGCCGUCGAAUCUGAUAUCAGGAAUCCAUCGCCCGAACUUAUCUGGCCUCUGCACUAUUGUGGCUUGCUGGUACAGGAGAGAAUGGUUGCCAAGCUCCAGGGUUUCGAGUGGUCGGAAAAGAUCAAGAAUCUACUUCCAGAGGUCCAUGCCGAAACGAAAGCUGGAGCGGCCUGGGAUCUUACUCGAGUUUUAGUGGUCGGGAGGAAACCGUUGGAAUGAGCAGCAAACGAGGAUCAUGCACACGGUGUACUCAUGUAUGGAGAGGAAGAUACCAACGGGAUCUGCAUUCCGAUAUUCCGAUGGGGUAUUGGAAGAUCUGAACAUUGUAACACAAGAACUGUUCCCUCUGUUUGUCUCUUAGCAUUGGUGGCCCUGGAGAGCAUUUGAGAUUAGCUCAAUGUUGAUGUUUACUGCAGGCCUUCCUGCAAGUACCAGUGGGCUUAAAUAGAACUCAGACAAGUAAAACCUCAUGCGGCGGGCACCCGCGUAUAUAGAUGCAUGUAGAAUCCAGGUUCCCUGGUCCUGCUGUCGGCUGGACGGGGCGGGCCUUAACUUAGUUAUCUUCGGUCUCUAUGGCAAGGCAUUCCCGACCAAUUGCGCAGUGUUGUCAUCCACCAGAACGGCA